ACGAAUGUUAGAGCGAUGCUUGCUGGAUACGAGCACGGUGCAACGUUGAAAACAAUAGUUGUCAACCCCACGUUUGCCUCUCUAGAAGCGCUGUGGAGAACGGCAUUCCCAUCUCCAAUGCGAGACUCCGUGACGCAGACCGCAGCGCCAUGCGUACGUGGCCGUUCCGUCAAUAAUCGACUUUUUUGAAUUUCCACAACUUAUGAUUUAAUAACAUUUCUUCGACCUAUAUAUUAAUAACGAUACCGAUUCAAUUACGAUGCUGAUGAAAAUGAAAUAUUACAGGGAACGUUCAGCUGUAAAUAAGCAGAAUGUUUUUUAACAUAUUUUUCAUUGUUGUGGCGUAAUAAAAAUAUUCAUGCACGUGUAGGCGAAAACAAGGAUACACCUUCACACCUAAUUUUCAAAAUGAAACUUUUAAAGAAAUUAUUUUCGAACUUUUAUUAUUACAUCUUGUACGUAUUUAUUUUGUAGACUUACGAGUAGCUGAAAUACAUAAUAUUUACAAUAAUCUUAUCGUAUUUAGUGAGUAUAUAUUCGGUAUAAGCGUUUGUGCGUCUAUAACGUACUUGUACAUAACUGCUUUCUCAAAUUCAAAUUCUUCUGCUACAAUUUGAAAUAUAAACGUUUACGAAUAAGAAUGCCUCGUUUAUAUAGAACUGAAUCAGAUUUAUUAUGAAUAUAUUUCAACAAAAUGACAGACGUUGUUGUGCUGAGUGAUUCCGAUGAAUCUGUUCUAUCCGCUAAAAAUGUUGGCCUUACGAAUGUUGACAAGGAGAAGAAAAGGAAAUUAUCAUUUCAAAAUGAUGUUCAAUGUUUUGAUUCUGACUUGGACGAGUUCGAAUUCCCUGAAGUACACUUUUAUCAUACUAGUACUGCAAACAAAUUGUCUGAGUCGCAAGAUCAUGUUAAUAAAAACAAUGCAUAUAAUGUUACUCCUUGUAAAUCACAGAAUGUAUGUUCAUCGUCAUCUGCAACUAGCACUGGCACAAAAUCAAAGAGACAUAAAACAACUUCAGGCAGCAUGUCGGAUUCUUCUGAUUCUGUAAAAGAAUUUCAAUACGAGGAGGAUAAAGGAAAGAAAGGGAGAAAAGGUGCUAAAACAGUAAAUAAGAAAACUAAAAGUCAGUUGACAGAAGAGAGAUUGAGAAGACAGGAACAAUUGAAGAGAAGCAAGGCACUGAAAGCCAUUGCAUACAAAAAAUCAAAAAAUAUUAAACCCGGUGAAUGUAUGAAAUUCAUACGAGUGGUUUUUGAUAAAGGCAUUGAAGAUUUUCACUGUAAAAAUGAGAUUUUAACUGCGAUACUUGAGGCUGAUGCACAAUAUAGUAUUAGCAAUGAACUAAUCCCAAAUAGUAUUUCAUGGAAAAGAAAUGUUGAAAAUAGUUACAUUAACGAAGCUAAUGAAAUAUGUACAGUAACAGACGUUGAGCAAGUUCAUCAAAUGUUAAUUAUUUGGACAUGGAAUGAAACAGUUGACAAAGUAGCAGAUGGUAGUUUUUGUACAACUAUAUCCAGUAUCAAAGCCUCACUAUCAGAUUAUAAUAUAAUUUUAGUUAUUUUUGGUAUAGAAGAUUAUUUUACAUAUAAAAAGCAAUCAAAGAAUUCAGAUAGAAAUGGAGGAAAGAAUAAAACAAAGAAAACAAAUAAAAGUAAUUGUGAGUUUAAGAAUUACCCAGAAAUUUCAAGACAACAGCUUGAAUUGUGCCUUAAUGAAGUACAAAUUACUACUAAAUGUAGCAGUAGAUUAGUAAAUAGUUCUAAAGACUUAGCAUUAAUGAUAUAUCAAUGUACCAAAGCCAUAGCAGAGAUCCCAUAUAAGAUGGAAAAAAAUAAAACUGUAACAAAUAAAUUUGACUGGUAUGUAAUGGGGGAUAAUAGAAACACAGUACGUGUGGAUAAAGAUGGAAAUGGAUUGAAAAGAUUAUGGCAACAACAGCUUUGUCAAUUCAAUUUAAGUAGUCUUGAAACUGCAGAAGCAAUAUGUUCUGUAUAUAGAUGCCCUGCUGAUUUGAUAGAAGCCUAUAAGCGUUGCUCACAAAAUGAAGGACUCAACUUAUUAAAAGAUAUUCCGAUUAGAAGAGCAGCUGGGCCUCUUAUAACAACUCGUAAAGUUGGCCCUGAAUUAAGUAAAAAGAUGUACAUAAUGUUCACAUCUGAAGAUGGAGAAACUUUACUAAGUUAAGUAUAUUUAUAUAAUAAUUGUAGUAAACAAAUGAAUGCUAUUAAUCUGUUUCUACUACUCUUCCAUUGGUUAAAUUAUAUAAAUAAUUGAAUGUAAAAAUUGUAAUAAAAUUAUACAUUUUAUAUAACUUCCUGCUUAUUCUAGAAUUAUUCAAAAA